AUCAAGCGCGAGCGCGCAAUCCCAGGCUCGACUGCGAGCAUCAAUUCCUGUCUCUCCUUCACUUCAAACGUACCCGUAUACUCUCUCUUACCCCCGCGAUGGACGGCUGGCAAGACAGUCUUCACUUCUCUUUCAUCGGCGAACAUGUCCUCUUCACAGAAUUGCGCCUCAAGUCAUUCUCCAGUUUCUUCCUGGGUUCCGUUAUCACCGUCGUCAUAUGCCUUCUUGAACGGUUCCUGACGUUGACCAUCGCCAGGCACUGGACUCCGUGCCGGUCAGUGGGCCGUUCACGCUUGCAGAACGCGUUGUGGAGGACUGGGCUGUAUUGGGUCGUGACGCUGCUGAGACUCCUUUAUAUGCUGAUCUCAAUGACAUUUCAUGUCGGCUUGAUACUCUUGAUGGUCACCUCACUUUCCCUUGGCCAAUUUGUUAUCGAGUACCUCGAGCAGCCCCAACCCCCUACCUCUGGCAGAGACACAUACCGUCCAAUCGAUAGCGAUCCCUUUUACUCGCGUUCACCCGUGAGCUCCUUUGACAAACCCCGAUCACCGCCUACCAUUCGUCCGCGCGCAAAAUCAAAGUCAAAACCCUCGGACAUCUUCAUCCACCCGAAUUACUCCAACAUCUCCCGUGCCGAUGCUAUGGCCGUCGAGAUGGGCAUUCACGGCGACACGGACCGUGUCAAGUCCAACACCGCCGCCGAAGACGACAACGCCUGGGAGCUCGGAAAGGGGCGCGCGGUUGCAAGGGAGCUGCUCCGCGGGUCAUCCAGCUCGCAUACACGCACCGCCUCGCAGCAGAUGCUCUUCAGGAUCGAAGAUGGAGAGAGUGAAGACGAGCAGGGGUAGGGUCGAUGCAACGUACCAUCGCGGCUUUUCCUGCUGGUUCGCCCUUUUUAUCAUCACUCCUCGCACUUCAUCGUCCUUGUAGACCUAACGCGCUUCUCGACCUACCCCGCACAUAUGUGCAUAUACUUGCUUCUUUGAGAGAACAUCUUUCUCUACACUAUGUGCAUUGCGUGUCCAUCCAUGUCUGUUUUCUCACGCAUCUUUGUCUCUCGAACCACCCCGCUGUCGCUCGCUCUUUAGCAUCUAACCCAGCCUGUUGAUUAUCUCGCCUCGGACACACCAUAUAGGCCGGCUCCGUACUAGUCACCUUGGAAAUACUAGCUGUUUGAUACUC